ACUUAGGCAUCUCUGGAAUGUCAACAUUUUUCCUUCUUUUUUUGUAGGGUUUGAUUCAAAUAAAAGAUGGACUGGAGUGGAAAACAUAACGGGCCAAAUGAUACAACUAAUGAUGGAACAGUGGUACGACUUCGAGGCCUGCCCUUUGGUUGCAGCAAAGAAGAGAUUGUUCAGUUUUUCCAAGGGUUGGAAAUCGUGCCAAAUGGGAUAACAUUGACGCUGGACUACCAGGGGAGAAGCACAGGGGAGGCCUUCGUGCAGUUUGCUUCAAAGGAGAUAGCAGAAAAUGCUCUGGGGAAACACAAGGAAAGAAUAGGGCACAGAUAUAUUGAAAUCUUCAAAAGUAGUAAGAGCGAAAUCAGAGGAUUCUGUGACAUGCCAAGAAGAAUGAUGGGACAACAACGACCUGGACCAUAUGAUAGACCAUUAGGAGGAAGAGGGGGUUAUUAUGGAGCUGGGCGUGGAAGUAUGUAUGACAGAAUGCGUCGAGGAGGUGGUGGAUAUGACGGUGGGUAUGGUGGCUUUGAUGAUUAUGGUGGCUAUAAUAAUUAUGGCUAUGGAAACGACGGCUACGAUGACAGAAUGAGGGAUGGGAGAGGUUUCUUAAUAGGCAUGGGAGGACAUGGCUAUGGUGGAGCUGGAGAAGCAGGGUCGGGUUUCCAUGGUGGUGGUCAUUUUGUUCACAUGAGAGGACUGCCUUUUCGAGCGACGGAAAACGAUAUUGCUAAUUUUUUUUCACCAUUGAAUCCUAUAAGAGUUCACAUUGAUAUUGGGGCAGACGGAAGAGCCACGGGAGAGGCAGAUGUGGAAUUUGUAACACACGAGGAUGCAGUAGCUGCCAUGUCUAAGGAUAAAAACCACAUGCAGCAUCGAUAUAUCGAGCUGUUCCUGAACUCGACUGCUGGAGGUGGCUCCGGGAUGGGAGGCUACGGCAGAGACGGCAUGGAUCAAGGCUACGGCUCCGUGGGUAGGAUGGGAAUGGGCAGCAAUUACAGUGGUGGAUAUGGCACUCCCGACGGCCUGGGCGGAUACAGUAUGUAUGCGUGACCUUGUGUCAAUUGUUUGCAGGUCGUGGCAGUGGAAAUAGUGGAGGAUACUAUGGGCAAGGCAGUAUGGGUGGAGGAGGAUGGCGUGGGAUGUAUUGAAGGGGUAGCCUUGCUCCACAAACCAUCCUGGAAGAAACAGUCGCUGGUCUACUAGACUUUCUUACAAAAUUUAAUUUCUUUUGUAUUUUAAGAACUUUAUAAUGACUGAAGGAAUGUGUUUUCACAAUAUUAUUUGGUAAGCAACAGAUUGUGAUGGGAAAAUCUGUUUUCUGUAGGUUUUAUUUGUUGCAUACUCUGACUUUAAAUAAAUUUUUAUAUUCAAACCACUGAUGUUGAUACUUUUUAUACUAGUUACUCCUAAGGAUGUAUUACAUAUUCAAGACCACAGUCGGUUUAAGAUGUUGUACUAUGGUUCAAUAAAGGUGGUUGUACUGUAACUCCUCUGAACACUGAUUCAGUUCUAUGUAAUUUUGGUGUAGUGAAUGAGUUUGCAAAAUCCACUUAAGGGGAAAAAGGUAGACGAAUAGAUUAGUUUAUUUGGUAACAAUCUUUCCUAAACCCUUUUGGUAAGUUGUAUGUAACAAUUUCUCACCAUGGCAUAAAGCUGUGGAGGCUCCGAGUCCUUGGCCUGGCUUUUCUUCCUGUGCUGCCCUGUCUGCCCCGAGCUGGGCGGGGGGCUAAAGGCCUUUGGGCCUCCCCCAGCCCCAGCAGUGACCUGUUUCCAGGCUUUGCUGUGGAAUCCAGGUAGAUCCUGCGUUUCACACCUCUAACUUGCAAGUCACUAGCAUAGCUUUUAGCUCUUAUGAAAUAGGACAGUAUGAGUUAAUUUGAAGCUGUCAUCUCCUUAGUCUUUUUUUCCACAAACACUGCUUUUGAAAAGUGGGAAGAGGAGAGGGAUUUGGAAGCAGGUUAAGACUUCUGUCAUGAAAUUUCUGUUUAAACCUGAUUCAGCUGCACAGAGCUGCUUUGUCUGUACUUGUUCAGAAAUUGAUGAGUUGUUCUAUGGCCAAGUUCAUUAGAAGCAAAGUAUCUAAAAGACCUCUUAAGCCCAAGAGUUGUUAAAUAACACGCAACCCAAACACCUUGCUAAAACAUUUUGUGCAUUUGUGACGUGAGAUAUGUAAGAAACUAUUGUUUGAAGACACUUACCAUACCUGAUGUGUAAUGAAAAAGGUAUUUAUUCUUCUGAGCCAGUGUGAUCUCCCAAAUUAACUGCUUUGUCCUCAAUGCCUCCCUUACGAUGUCAAAUGUGAUCUUGGGUAUUGAAAGUCUGUCACCUGUUUGCUAGUGCUGUGUUAUAUCUGUAAUAAAUGUCUUCUUGUGGGAGAGAG